CUGCGCCGCUUUCGUUGUCGCGUUUCGUCCUGUGCGAAUUUCGAAUCGACCUUCUUAUGGAGCUGAUCUCCGCUUGUGAACGGACAAUGACUGUGGUAGAAUUGGAGGCGAUAGUGUCGGAACUAGCCCCCACGGCCCAGAAUGCAACUGUGGGGGCAGCGGCUGGCAUUUCCGUGGCAACCAGAAGUCUGGUUUUACUCUUCUGUCUACUGAUGGUGGCCUGGAACCACACGGAGAAGCGACGAGUUCCAGGUCCCUAUUUCUUUCUGGGAUUGGGCCCGCUUUUGUCAUACGUGAGGUUUAUUUGGACGGGAAUAGGCACAGCCAGCAAUUACUACAACGACAAGUACGGGGACAUUGUCAGAGUUUGGAUCGACGGAGAAGAGACUCUCGUUCUCAGCAGAGCGUCGGCUGUGCACCACGUUCUCAAGCACGGGCACUACACCUCACGGUUUGGGAGCAAGUUAGGACUCGGCUGCAUCGGGAUGAAUGAGAGAGGCAUAAUAUUUAACAACAACGUCAGCCAGUGGAAAAAGAUACGCACGUAUUUCACCAAAGCCCUGACAGGCCCGGGCCUUCACCAGACCUCGGAGGUGUGCAUCUCGUCCACACGCACGCACCUCGACCACUUGAGGAAGGCCGCCGGAGGAGCCGGAUUGACGAACGUGGACGUUCUCGGUCUGCUGCGGUGCACCGUGGUGGACAUCUCCAACAGGCUCUUCUUGGACGUGCCGUUCAACGAGAAGGAGCUGAUGCAGAAGAUUUUAAAGUAUUUCGACACAUGGCAGACCGUCCUGAUCAAACCAGACGUCUACUUUAAGUUUGGCCAGCUUCACCGGCGGCACAAGGCGGCGGCCCAGGAGCUCCAAGAUGCCAUCGAGGGCCUCGUGGAGCACAAAAGAAGCGAAAUGGAGCAAGCAGAUAAACUGGACAACAUCAACUUCACUGCCGAGCUCAUAUUCGCACAGAAUCGCGGCGAACUUUCCGCUGAGAACGUGAGGCAGUGCGUGCUGGAGAUGGUGAUCGCCGCACCGGACACUCUGUCGGUCAGCCUCUUCUUCAUGCUGCUGCUUCUCAAACAGAAUCCAGACGUGGAGCUGCAGCUGCUCCAGGAGAUAGACGGCGUCCUGGGCGACAGGACCCUGCAGAACGAUGACCUUCCCAAGCUGCAAGUGCUGGAGAGCUUCAUCAAUGAAUGCUUGCGCUUCCACCCGGUGGUGGACUUCACCAUGCGUCGCGCGCUUUCUGAUGACGUCAUCGACGGCUACAGAGUUCCCAAGGGCACAAACAUCAUUCUGAACACAGGCCGCAUGCAUCGCACUGAGUUCUUCCCCAAACCAAAUGAACUGAGUCUGAAAAACUUUGAGAAAAAUGCCCCACGUCGCUACUUCCAGCCGUUCGGCUCCGGCCCUCGAGCCUGCGUGGGCAAACACGUCGCUCUGGUCAUGAUGAAAUCCAUCCUGGUGACGCUGCUGUCCCAGUAUUGCGUGUGCCCCCAUGCGGCGUUGACGCUGGACUGCCUGCCUCAGACCAACAACCUCUCCCAGCAGCCUGCGGCCCACCAGCAGGACAGCCGACGUCUCACCAUGACGUUCUUACCCAGACAGAGGGGACACCGGGACCCUCUUUGAGACAUUCCCAAUGGUCUUUUUCUGUUCCUCGACAUUUAU